CCAAAUUUUGGCGCCAAAAUCAGAGUUUCACUCGGUUUCGGCUGCCCGUAAUUUAACGGGCAGCUCACCACCAACAUUUUUGUAUCUCACGAAGCUUUCCCCCCAAAUAUAAUCUCUUUUCCUCUUUCACAAUAUUCGUUCUUCAUUCGAACCUACUUCUCUCUUCUUUUCUUCUCCGACACUAUUCGCAUAGAAACAAAGACCCUUUUCGCUUAUUCUUUGUUCUUCCUUUCCCACACCAAUUUUCUCUCCCAUUUUUCUUGAUUUGUUCUGAUUCUUUGAUCAAAUCCCAUCUUUUUCUUCACUUUGGUGUUGUUCUGCAUCUGGGUUGCUCUGGGUGUUCUAAUUGGAGAUGGGGUUUUCGGAGAAGCCGCAAGUGGAUGGAAGUAUAGAAUCUGAGGGUAAGAAAUGGGUAAUCGCCGGAAUAUCGAUACGGGCUCCGUUGAGGCCCGUGAGUACUAAGCCCAGAGAGAAGGAGAGCGAUGACGAGGCAUGUUCAACGACCCCGACAACGAAAGAAGCGAGAAUACCGGAGAGAUUGCCGUGCCCGCCGGCGCCUAGGAAGCGACGGCCGUCGAGAUGUCAUUUGAAUGGUGUGAGGGAGUUCUUCACGCCUCCUGAUUUGGAAUCAGUGUUUAUACGCCAUGUUGAGAGGGCGAAUUAAGGUGUUGAGAUUAGGAGGGGUUUUGGAACCCAUAUAGUCAUGAAUCUGGUUUCUGCUUUGUUCCUCUUUUUCCGGUUCUCAGUAGUGGAGGAGAGUUGAUGAUGUACAAAGAUAGUAUGUUUAUGAAAUCGGUAGUCUAGUGUAGUUCUUCAUUUUUGCUUAAUGACAAGUGUUUUUCAUUUUUCUCGUUGGUA